AGUUAUCUAUUUUGACAACUUUGGAGAUAUGGAUGGAUUUUUAUGGAUUUAGUAAAUACGUGCAGGUGCUAAUUGUGCUAAUUGGUUUAAUAUAUGGUGUUAUAAUGCAAUUCGGCUACUGAAACCUUGGUCUACGAUAAUAUUAAAUGAAAUGUAAUGCAGAUCAAACAGAAUGUAUACGCGAAGAAUACGUCAUGCCACCAACUUUAAAGAACAAUAUGUGAAUGACGUAUAUUCAUUUCAUUUAAUUAGAAAAUAAAUAUUUGUAAGACAAUGAGCAAGCGUGGUCCAAAAACAAAGAUUACUCAUGAAAUGAGAGUAGCAGAACUAAAGAACCAUAAUAUUUUUGAUGACAAUGGGAAAGUGAAAAAAGAAAGCGAUCCAGUAUGGAUCAUUAUAUGCAAUAAUUUAAACCAAAAUGAUCCGCUAAGAUCACUAACUGUGCGCAAUAUACAAACAUAUGUAGCUCAGAAUCGUAACAAUGUGAUACUCGACAUAAAAGCUACUUUAACAGAUAGUUCAUCAAAUGUAAAACCUCAAGACCAAGAAGAUAAUUUAAAGUUUGAUGUGGAGGAACAAUUAUUAAGAAUCAAGAAUGAUGCAUUGUACAAAUCUACUGUUAGAGAAUUUUGUACUUAUCCAUUUGUUCUUUUUUACUGGAGCUUCGAAGCACUUAAUUUGGUAUCACUUUUCAAUGAUAAAAUGUUUGUUUUUGGAGUUAUUGGAUCAUUAUCUCAAUCCUUUACUGCGCCUUAUAAAUCAUGCAGUAAGGUGAUAUUUCAAUUCACUCUUUGUUCGGGUUAUGUAUGGCCGUUUAGCGAGAUUUGAAUUUUGCGCCGUAGAGCGUCGAUCGCUGCGGCGAGAGCGGGCGAGCGCAUGCGCGCGCCGCCAGGGACAUAUCUUUUUCGCGCGGGAUUGGGGCUCGCGAGCACGUGCCAGUCAGUUCUGACAGCUUCUCCCGAGGAACCGGUCGACUUUUGCAUCUUGCGUCUACACCUCUUGUAUUUGCGUGCGAUUAAAGUCGUUACUCACGUCCUUUUCAGGACGGUCGACUCUACUUUUAAUUCCGUGCGUCGCGUAUUGUGUGCGAAUUACGAGAGGUGUGCUGUGUAUGUGUGUUUUCUUCGUGUGUUGGGACGCCGGCCACGUUCGAGUUUCCUCGGCGUGCCGAUUUCCACCCGGCGAUCGCUACCUACGCGGCAGGGCUGAAAAGGGAUAGGUUCCCUCGAGACGUCGAGGCGUCCUGCGACCGAGGAAGGUGCAUCCCACCCACGUGCGGCCAGGUCUUUACGUCGCGCCGUCCACGUUUCGUUCUGCGAACAAGGUAGGAGAGCUCUCUAGCGUGCGAAAGGUACCUCGCGGCGAAUUUAGCGUUUCUCUCUCUCUCUCUCUCUCUCUCUCUCUCUCUCUC